AUGUUCAUCGCAGCUCGUUUCAUUGCGGGCUGGGGUAGUUGGGGAUUUCUGGCCGUGAAACUCGCACCGCCCGGUCUUCGUGGUUUCUUUGUUGGUAUGAAUGGUGUGAAUAUCGCACUCGGCUAUGCUAUCGCAAGUUACAUGGGCAUGGCCUUCUAUUUCGCAGAGUCUCACGAUGCCAAAUGGCGCGGCCCACUCGGUAUCGCGCUUAUCUGGCCUGCCAUGAUGAUCGCUAUCACAUUCGUCGUUCCCGAGUCACCCAGAUAUCUGCUCAUGAAGGGUCGAAUUGAGGAAGCGCGCACCAUCGUGAUGAGGUUGCAUAGCAUCAAGGGCGACCCAGAUCAUGAGUUUGCGAGAGGCGAGUUUUACCAAAUGGUCAAGCAGACCGAAGUAGACCGAACUCUUGAACCAGGCUGGAUCGCCAUGUUCACUAAGAAGGGCUAUCGUCAUCGCACUGCGCUUGCUAUGGGUUUCGCUUUCGUAGGUCAAUCGACUGGUGUUCUUGUCAUCAACAACUACGGUCCGACACUGUAUGCGGCGCUGGGAUAUGGCACCAAACAACAACUGGAAUUCCAAUGCGGCUGGAUCACUGUCGGCAUCGUCUUCAACGCCAUCGGUGCCGUAUUCCUGGACAAAGUCGGCCGAAAGCCACUUAUGCUGAUUGGUGUUGGUGGCUGUUGCGUUUGUCUGAUCGUUGAAGCAGCCAUUGUCGCAAAUUAUGCAGAAGCAGCAACGAACAAAGCGGCACUGGCAGCCGGAGUAGCCAUGUUUUACCUCUUCCUCGCGGUCUACAGUAUGGGUGUCGACGUCGCCGGAGUGGUCUUUUACUCGGAACUCUUCCCGAAUCACAUUCGCGCCAAAGGUGUCUGUCUUAGCAUGGCGACAGUCGCGCUUACGGACCUCGUAUAUCUUCAGGCGACAACCACAGCUUUUGCAAAUAUCGGGUGGCGCUUCUAUCUGGUUUUCAUCGUCAUCACUGGCGUGGGAGUUGUUGGCGCAUACUUCCUGCUGCCUGAGACAAAAGGCAUACCACUAGAAGAAAUGGCACACAUUUUCGGGGAUGAUGUUGUUGUGAACCUCGAUGACGUGCACAUCAAUCACGACACGCAUGAGUUGGUCAUAGGUGGAGGGAUGUUGGAGCAUGUGGCCACGUAUCAGGUGACAAAUCCUGAGGCUGAGAAGUACGCCGGGAGAGUGAAUCGGGAGAAUUUUGGUGCGCAAAAGGGUUGUAUAGGCAGACAUGCACGGUGA